UACAGUAGAAGCUAGCCUGAUUGAAGAAAUUUGUCAAUGAUUAUACUUCAUAUUGGAAGUAGAACCUGGAGUCAAGAUUUUCCCACUUUAAACCAUUUUGAUGGCAGAAAGAAGAAAGCCCUCCAAUGUGAGGGAAGCAAUGGAGGAACUCAUGGGACCUAGUGGACAAAACUGGGCCAAUAUGGAUCCAGAAGAACAAAUGUUAGCGGCUGCUACAGCUUUCACCCAGAUCUGUGCAGGGCAGGGUGAGGGAGAUGUCAGGAGAGAAGCCUGGCCUACCCAAUAUGACCCUUACAGCAAAGCUUCAGGAACCCAGUAUCCCUACAGCAAAGCUUCAGGAACCCAAUACGAUCCCUACAGCAAAGCUUCAAUAACCCAAUACGAUCCCUACAGUAAAGCUUCAAUAACCCCAGGAAAGCAACAUGCUCCUCCCAUGCAACUGCAGUACCCACAUGCGAAAAGUAACGUCACCUCAGAAACAGUCUCAGAGGCCUCCCAGAGACUCCGCAAGCCAGUGAUGAAGAGAAAGGUGCUGCGUAGGAAGCCCGAUGGGGAAGUAUUAGUGACAGAUGAGUCCAUUAUCAGUGAAUCGGAGUCUGGUACAGAAAUUGACAUGGAUCUCUGGGCUUUAAGACAAAGGCUGAUUAACCUUCAGUUCCCGAAAGACAGUGAGUCCCCUGUUGAUACUUCAGAAAAACUUAAUCUACCACAUGAAUACCAAGAUCAGCUCAACGGGUAUCUACAAAGAGAAGGAAUGGGCCCUCCAGCUUAUGAACAAGACCUGAUAGUUGCCAGCCGACCGAAGUCCUUUAUUCUCCCAAGGCUGGACCAGUUAAGCCGAAACCGGGGCAAGAUAGACCGGGUAGCCCGCUAUUUUGAGUACAAACGAGACUGGGACUCAAUGCGAUUACCUGGUGAAGAUCAUAGGAAGGAAUUACGCUGGGGUGUCCGAGAGCAGAUGCUUUGUCGAGCAGAACCCCAGCCCAAGCCUCAGCACAUAUAUGUUCCGAACAAUUAUCUAGUACCAACUGAAAAGAAAAGGUCUGCCCUUUGUUGGGGUAUUCGUUGUGACCUUGCAAAUGGUGUCAUGCCCAGGAAGCUUCCCUUCCCUCUUUCUCCGUCUUAAGUCUUUUUUUUUUUAACCUCACAGGAUUGUUUGGGAUAACAUGGCAUUUUAUAUCUUUUAUUUAAAUAGAAACAACUAGAAAGACCAUGGUACAUUAUAGAGUAAGGACUUCACCCAUCAUUGGUUUUUCCUAGGAAUAUAUCACACUGAUAACAGGUGCCACUUAACUGCCAAAUUACCACUCUCAAACCCAGCAAUGCAAGAGAAGUCACACCAGAGGAAGAAAACACCUGGUCUCUCUACUGUCAGAUUAGUAAGCAAAGUCAGCUAACACUGUUUCUGCUCUAUAUUUUCUUUACCUUUGACCAGCAUGAGUUGCUGUUUUUAAUAGUGUGUUUUUAAAGUUGCUGGGCAUUACGCUUAUCCAUUAAAGAAUUUUGGAAAUUUGUGGCCUUGACCUCAUUUUUCCGUAAAUACUUGCCAAAGUAAGACGAUCUCAAACCUGAGUUACAAGUUUGCUUCCAGUUGUACUCCCCAUCAUACUUUCAUCGCCUAAACAAUGCGAGCCAGAGGGAAGGAACAAAACCUGCCCUUCACACACAAACCUAAAGGGAAGAAGAAAGGAACAGCACAGCUAUCCUCUAUGAGUAAAUCCAGGGAACUGUGUUAAAUAUCUUUAAUAGGUGCUCAACAGCCGCACUAUUUGAUAUACAGGAUUCUAGCGCAAGCUUUGUUUCAAAAUUAUUGAAAUGUUUUGCCCGAACUUUUAUAAGUUGCCACUGAGGUUGUCUUAGAAAUAUGCCUGUCACUUGAAAGCUAUUCCCACUCUGCAACAGAACUUCAAACUGCUAACGUCUGGAACUAGAUGCAGACAAAGUGACCUAUUUGGGUACAAACCAAAACACCAAUUCUGCUCGCUUAAAUUGGAUCUUCUUGUUCUUACUCUAAUCCAAUGAGGAACAUCUACAAACUGAAGACUGUCCAUUUUAACAUAAGACAAGAGUAGUGAUAGCAGAAAUAGUUUGCUCGUUCGAAGAAAAACAGCUAUGUGACAAAAAUAACCUUGACCUAUCUGCUAAAAUACAUUUUCUCCAUAAUGUUUAAGCUACACCAUUCAUUCACUCAGUUCCACCUCUAGGCAUUUAUCAGCAAAAUAAUCAGUAACUCAAAGACAUGUACUGCAAAUAAGUAAAAACUGCUAGCCA